AUUGUUUCCAGCCAAACCCUGGUAACGGGAGGGAGAUAAGCAGAAAGAAGAGAAGUCAGCUCAGGCCAGUGGCAGGGGACCCAAUUGGGGUUUUGAAAUGGCUGACCCAGAGCAGGGACUAAGGACCGUGGGUAGCGUCCCCUGAGUUACAGGUUGGAUCAAACUUGCCUAGCUUCGCGUGGCAGGAGCUCCCAAGUUCACCGGCGAGCAGCGCUGCUUGCAGGCUCGACGAGAUGCGGAGCUGAGCGCCAGGCUCUCGCUCGCACUGGGCGCGAGCGGCGAGGGAGGGGGCGGGCGCGCAGGUCCCGCCUCCCCUGGCCGCGUGCACACACACGCCCACCGCGGCUAGGCUGGAGGAGCGCGGGCGAGUGUGAGCGCAGGCGAGUGUGAGCGCGAGUGUGCGCACGCCCUGGGAGCCACUCUGCCCUCUCCUUGCACCCUGCCCAGGGCAUCUCGAGAGGCUGGAAACGUGAACAGGCUUAAAGUAUGGCAUGUUGCGAAGAUGGUUUCUGUCCAGAAGGUACCCGCGAUCGCGCUGUGCUCCGGGGUCAGCCUCGCCCUCCUGCACUUCCUGUGCCUGGCGGCUUGUUUAAACGAAUCCCCAGGACAGAACUCAAAGGACGAGAAAUUGUGCCCGGAAAAUUUUACCCGUAUCCUGGACAGUUUGCUGGAUGGUUAUGACAACAGGCUGCGUCCUGGAUUUGGGGGUCCUGUUACAGAAGUGAAAACUGAUAUAUAUGUCACCAGCUUUGGACCCGUUUCUGAUGUUGAAAUGGAAUACACUAUGGAUGUGUUCUUCAGACAGACAUGGAUUGACAAAAGACUAAAAUAUGACGGCCCCAUUGAAAUCUUGAGGCUGAACAAUAUGAUGGUCACCAAAGUUUGGACCCCUGAUACUUUCUUCAGGAAUGGAAAGAAAUCUGUCUCACAUAACAUGACAGCUCCAAAUAAGCUUUUUAGAAUUAUGAGAAAUGGCACUAUUUUAUACACAAUGAGACUCACCAUAAGUGCGGAGUGUCCCAUGAGACUGGUGGAUUUUCCUAUGGAUGGUCAUGCCUGCCCUUUGAAAUUUGGGAGUUAUGCAUAUCCCAAAAGUGAGAUGAUCUACACCUGGACCAAAGGCCCUGAGAAGUCAGUGGAGGUGCCAAAGGAGUCUUCUAGCUUAGUUCAAUAUGACCUCAUUGGGCAGACUGUAUCAAGUGAGACUAUCAAAUCUAUUACAGGUGAAUACAUUGUUAUGACAGUUUACUUCCACCUCAGACGGAAGAUGGGCUACUUUAUGAUUCAGACGUAUAUUCCAUGCAUCAUGACAGUGAUUCUCUCUCAAGUUUCCUUCUGGAUAAACAAGGAGUCUGUUCCAGCAAGAACUGUAUUUGGAAUAACCACAGUCCUCACGAUGACCACCCUAAGCAUCAGUGCUCGGCAUUCUUUGCCCAAAGUGUCCUAUGCGACUGCCAUGGAUUGGUUCAUAGCUGUCUGUUUUGCUUUUGUAUUUUCGGCUCUUAUUGAGUUUGCUGCUGUCAACUAUUUCACCAACAUUCAAAUGCAGAAAGCCAAAAAGAAGAUAUCAAAGCCUCCCCCAGAAGUUCCAGCUGCUCCUGUGCUGAAGGAGAAACACACAGAAACAUCGCUCCAGAAUACACAUGCCAAUUUGAACAUGAGGAAAAGAACAAAUGCCUUGGUCCAUUCAGAAUCGGAUAUCAAAAGCAGAACUGAGGUGGGAAAUCACUCCAGCAAGACCAGCUCUGUCCAGGAGUCUUCUGAAGCCACGCCUAAGGCUCACUUAGCUUCCAGUCCAAAUCCAUUCAGCAGGGCAAAUGCAGCUGAGACUAUGUCUGCAGCAGCCAGAGGUCUUUCAUCUGCAGCAUCCCCCUCUCCUCACGGCACUUUGCGGCCAGCUUCUUUGGGGUCAGCUUCCACUCGCCCUGCAUUUGGAUCUAGACUUGGGCGAAUUAAGACAACAGUUAAUACAACAGGGGCUGCUGGGAAUGUGUCAGCCACACCUCCUCCCCCUGCUCCACCGCCCUCUGGAUCUGGCACAAGUAAAAUAGACAAAUAUGCUCGUAUUCUCUUUCCAGUCACAUUUGGGGCAUUUAACAUGGUCUACUGGGUUGUUUAUUUAUCUAAGGACACCAUGGAGAAAUCAGAAAGUCUAAUGUAAUUUUGUUGCUAUAGUAAUUUCAUAACAACGAUGGAAAUACAGACUGUCUUUUAAAAUGUUUUUAAAGGUAAGUAUUCUUUACUAAAAUAAAAAUUCUAUGUAAUUUUUUCACUUAAAAAAUACAAGUCAGAUAUGGAGAGAGUUAAUUAACUCUUCGGUGGCUAGAAAGUGAACCAUCUUUCUUUAUAGAAAGAUAGUUUUAAAAGAAUCUAUUCAGUGUUCAAAUUGGAUAGAACACAGAGCAUUAUGGAAAGUUGGAGCAAGAGAACUAGAGCUAGGAGAGAUAUGUGGUACACCCUUUUGCACUGAAAUUUGAAAAAAAGAAAAGAAAAGAAAGACUGUGAAUUUUUUAAAUAUACCCCCCAUGAAAUCAAACUGUCACCAAAAACUUCCCAUUGGCCCUGCCCUUAACCAGAACUGUGUGCCGGAAGCCAUAUGCAAUCACCUUUGCAGCUUUUCAUAGUACCUGCAAAAUAAGAUGCUCCCUAUUAAAGAAAACACUGGGAAGAGGAAAAUGGAACAAAACAAACACUGAUCAAUACAGUGAAGCCUCUGCUAUAUCAAUAACAGACACCGACCAGGGAAAAUGUGUUUUCUGGCACAUAAUUGGUCAAACAAUACUUAACAGUUGACUUGAAAUGUUGUGCUCUGAGCCAAAGUUAAAUUCAUUGUAUAAAUUCUUUUUUCCUAGUAAGUCAUUCAGUUAUGUACUGUAUACAUUUACCACAUAGUUCCUCACAGCCUGGAACCUACUGUGUUCUAGGUGAUCUUUAGAGAAUCUUCCAAGGAAGCUCUCUCACCUUUACAAAGAUAUUUCAAUAGUAGGACAGCCAAUGCAUGUUAAAGAACUAUAAUUUAGUCAAGGACAUCAUGUUCUUUAAUGAAGGCAAUUUAGUUAGAGUCAGACAACAUAGCCAACAUAUUUGUUUUUUCUGAGCUGACAGAGGGAAAUAAAUAAAGUUCCUAUAGCAGCUUGGAGAUAAAUACCUGUUAGUACAAUCUAGAUGAUUGGUUCUCAAACUAUAAGGAAAUACUGAUACAGUUUGUUCUGUAGGUGAAAAAGCAUUAUAGACCUGAAACAUAACAAUCUGGGCCCUGGAGAACCUAACAGAUGACCUGCGUCAAAUUUGAUGCAGAUCACAUAACACAGUUUGCCCACUCUACCAGAAUCAUCCAAAUAAAAGUCUGCUUAUCCCAGUAGAGAGCAAUAUUAGCUGCUGAAAUGCUAAUGUCCUCGCAAGAUUCUGUGCUCAUAACAUCUGUAUGUCUGGCAUGUUUUGCAUUUGUUUUUCUGAGAGUUUGAUAAGAUUUUAUAACCAAGGUACUUUAAAAAUUAAAGGAGCAACUAGAGAAAGAAGAGAAUAAAUAUAUCAUAGCUUUGGAUGGAGUGUCAGUGAGUGUUAUGCAAUGUAUCUGGGUUCUCAAGACUGACUUUUCCUUUUCAUCAUGGAGGCUUAACCCUAAUUGAAUCUUUGCAGCUUUUAAAAUAGCUCAAUCUUGGUUGAUAUUUUUGAUGUUUCACUUCCAGAUUUUCUUUCUGUAACUCUACUUGUUCUUAGUAUGUGUAAAGGAAUGUGUUCUGGGUUUGUUGAGGGGAAACGUUUGAUAGAAAUGUCCAUCUUAUAGACAGAAUCUUUUAUUUUCUGAGGAAACUUAUAUUGAUUAAUAUGAACUUUUGAGUUACUACAUUGACUUUUGAUGGUUGCCCAUGAGAUUUCUAAAAUUUGAAAAUGUCAAAUUUUAAUUGACCCCCACCUGAGAAUUUCUUCUUUUUUUAUUUCUAAAUAUUUCAUAGGGUUAAAUCCACUUUAAAGUUGAAAGAUGUUGAAGAUAUCUUUACUUAUAAAUUGAUUCUAGAAAACUGGGGACCGGGAAAAUCUGUAAAUAUGUUUAUACAUUUAAUAAAGAGUACUUGUCCAUAAAAGCAUAUAAUAAAAUUAUUUCAUGAGUGUGAAAAUCGUUUUGGCCUUUGGGCUAAUGCUUAGAGCUCUGAUGAGAAGCCACCAUCACUUUUUGUAUCACUUCAAUGAUUUUAUUGAUUUAGAGAGAAACACUCUCUUCUCUUUUUCAUCCUAUUAUCUUUCUUUUAAAAAUCACAUUCUUUCUCUAUAAAUUUAAACACUUUAUUGGCCUCCUUUCAAAGAUAAUGCCUUUUAAAUUUUUUGGAUUUUAAAUGGAUUGAAAAAUAUCUGGCUUUCCCUAGCUUCAUAGUUCAAACCUGUGAUCCCAUUUUUGGAGAGGAUGAAGCGGAGCUUGCCAUGAGUUUGAGGGACAGAGUGCGUUCUAGGACAUUCUGGGACAGAGUGCAUACCAGUCUUCAAACAAAAGAACAGUCAAAACCUCGUGAAUAAAGAAUAAAGAUUAAACAAAUAAUAAAUCAAAGUGAACUCCACUACUCUGGGGCUGGGGAGAUAAGGAAGAGUGAAUACUACCACAGGUAGCAUUUGGGCUGAUCUCAAACCUGAGUUUCUCCUUCCUGUUUCCCAAGUGUGUGGAUUGUACAAAUAUAAAACUAAGACUAGAAAGGACUUACCAGUCAAGGAGUUUCGUUGUUCAUUUGAAGACUACAUUUACCAAAACAUUUCUCCACUAGUAUACAGAAUUGAUCUCAUUUUCACAUGAUAUUUUUAAUAAUAAUGCAUGGCUUGUUGCAUUCAGAUUCUUCUUUUUAUUUUGUUCAUCAUUUAUGUCUUCCUCAUAACUUGGAGUCAUGUUGGGUAUUCUUGUGUGAAUUUAGCCACUUUUCAUCAUCAUUCAUAACAAUGACCAUGGAUUGUCAAAGCACUGAUGACUGCAGGGUUAGAGAAUAAUUCUGUCUGAAAAUAGUACCCUUGGUAUAAAGGGCUUUAAAGCUUAAAUUUAGAAUGAUUUAUAUUUUCCUGUAGAAUAUAUUAAUUUUAGUUUCCAUUUCCAUGUUGAUGGGUUAUAGUUGUAUAAUCACUUCUAAUUUUCUCCAAGUAUGCCUAGUUAUAAAAUACAUUUCCACAACCAAUCCAUAGUGAAAAAGUAACUUGUCUCUGCAUAGACCUAAUGGUUUUUGUAAUAUAGACUUUAACUUGAGCUUCACAAAUCCUAAAUGAGAGCACAGCAUCACCUUCUUUGGUAGAAGAGAUGAGUCGCAGAUCAGUUACUAAUGAAGAUAAAUGCAGUAGGCUGGAAUGAACUUCUGAAAGGUCAUUUUUCAAUCAUCUACCUUAACAGAGAUGCUAUUUCAAGUAAUACAUACAAUAUGUGUGUAUUUUUUUCUCUAAGCCAGACAAUUAUUUCUGGCCCAAACAAGAAGAGAGAAAAGGUCUCCAUUCUCCAGUUCCCUGAUUCAACUGGUCUUCCUGUCUAGAAUUGAGAAUAAUUUGCAGUGGGAAAUAAAGAGAAGAGGACACACUUGGUGUCAUGUUCUGAAGACAUUGUUGAUUAGAAUCAUCCCUGUAACCACCCUGGGGCUAAAAACAAGGGUAUGAACAAUCUUCAAUUUUGGUUAAGUUUCAAUGAUAUAUGAAUAUAAUAGUAAAUGUAAACAUAUUCUUACAAUAGAUACACCCUAUACCUUGAACCACAAAUACAUUAUUACUGGGAAAUUAUAUUACUUCAAGCUGUGGUUUAUUUCCAAGUAACAUGUCUUGAUCAUUAAAACAAAAAUACCUUUCCCUGUAUAUUAGCUAUUUGCUCUCCCAUAAAAGAUUUUACCAUUUAAAGAUGAAAGAAUGUUGAGUUUUUUCUUUUCUUUGAUUUUCUUAUCACUCUAUGAGUUCCUACUCAGUGUUAAUUUAAUUUAAGAUUGAGCUAAAUAUAAUUGGCCAUUCUGUGAGGAUACUCACAGUCUACCAUUGAAUACAUAGGUAGAUUAAGAACUGUAUGAUAAAUGUGUUGAGUGCAGAGGUAGGCCAAGAUCAGGACUCUUGAAGCUACCAUCAUCAUGGUAUUAGAAACCAGGAUCUUACAACUAAAAAUUAAUGCAAAACUAAAUACACAAGCUGUACAUAAGUAGACUCAUCUCAAUAAUGUUUUCUUUUGUCUCAAGCUCCAUGUUUUCGAGCCUCUGUCUAAUAUUGAUGGGGAAAUGAUGCUUAUAACUGUGAUUUUGGCAAGGAAGUUUUUUGACACAUCAAGCUUCACAGAGGUGGUCAUGAAGUGAAGUUCACGAUCUGCAGUUCUUCUAUCCCAACUCACCCAACGACCACAAUUGAAAGUACAUUUUCUUUUUUCAUUACCUGGAACAUGAAGAAUUUAAAAUGGCAAGCUGAGCUCUUUCUGUAUAGAUAAAACGUUGAAUCAAGGGGAAUAUAAGUUGUUGGUAGUAGCAAGAAGAGGUAGAGAUAGAGAAAGGAGAAUAUUUUGGAAGUUACUGAAAAGAUUAAACUUUACUCAGAUUAGUGGUGAUGGUUUAAAAAUAUUACAGUUUAAAAUAUUAAGGAAAGACUAACACACUUCUGAUUCUGUUAGAUGAAAACCUACUGACUACUGUUGGAACUUUCAGUUGGGAUGAAGAACAAAUGAGCUUUAAUCUGUACUUUUCCAAUUAAUCAUUGACUUCCAUUUCUUUUUUAACCCUGAUAGUAUCACUAUUAUUUUUAUAUGUGAAAUUUGUCUAUUAUAAAUAAAGUUCAUUGAAUAAUGAAGGCAAUUCCUGAUAUCAUAUGUGUACAAGUAUUCAUAUGCAUACCGAGCAGUUUGUACUUAUGCGUGUAGAAAUCUGUCCAUCAUCUAUCUAUAUAGAUAUAGAGAUAGAGGUGUGUGUAUCACACACAUAUACAUG